CGGACACCAUCCGCAAAGAUGGGGCUUGUCGUGGCCCUCUGGACGGCGCUGGCGCUGGCCGCGCUCUGCGCGCAGGCCGAGCGAACGUACUCGGAAGACUUGAUGCUGCGGCCUCUGCCUGGCCUUGGUAAGGUCGCCGCCCACUUUAGCUUUUUGCACGAGGUCGACGGCGACACGGCGCCGAGCGCGCAGCACUUUGAUGUGUUCCCCAAGCACAUGCGCCAGGUCCUGCACAAGUUCAACGUCGAUGAGUUCGAGCUCACGUUUGCGAAUGGCCUAUGGCGCCACGAGCAAUGGGGCGAUGCAUGGGACGCCGCUCCGUUCGGCGCGCUCUUGUCCGCUGACGUGGCAUCGCGCGACGACUUUCAUGGCCUCGCGCAGGCCCUUGCCGGCAUCUUCUCGGCGUCGCUCAACAAGAUGGACGGAGCUGCUGUGCACACGCAUGGCGCUCGGCUCUUCGAGAGCAACUUGCCGCGCGAAGAGCUCUGCACGGAGAACCUCAGUCCGUGGCUCAAGCUUCUGCCUUGCCGGUCGCACGCCGGUCUCGGCGCGUUUGUGCAUCCGCUCCACGUCCUCGAUAGCGACUACGUCUCGAUGCGCCUUCGCGUCUCGCGGCAAGCAUCCAAGCUCUCGCUGCACCAGACGCUCACGUUCGUCAAGCGCGUUGACGACGGCUGGUCGCUCGCAUCGGCCCUCGGCGCCACCGAGGCGUCCAUGUGUCUCUUAGCGACCGAGUCGUCGAUCACGACCGAGCUCGCGUCCGAGAAACCGAUGUAUGUCACGACGCCGCCCGUGGCGGUUGAACGGUAUCGCAACAUCUACAAACACGUUGUACCGCUUGCCGGCCUCACGUCGGUGCAAGAGCCGUGGCUCGCGACGACACCGCCACCCGCGCCCAAGUCGUUUUGGCACGCGGCGUCCGUGCACCGAUACCUCACGGGCUUUGGCCAAGUCCGUGGCGGCGUCGCGAUGCGCCUCGUCAACAAGGACCCCAAGGCGCCGCUGCACAUUGCAUACAACGAGACGAUCCCGUCCUUCAUGCGCGUCUACUUUAGUUCGCUCCGCCUCGCUAUCAACGGCCAGCGACUCGAUGCAAACACGUCGUUUGUCGUGUUGACGCCGGCGAAAACACGAGGCGAGCUCGCCCACCUCCGUGUCGUGCUCACGCUGCCGCCGCAGAGUCGGCUGGAGCUCGCAUAUGCGUUUGAAAAGAGCUUUCUGCCCAUCGAGUCGCACCCGCCGGACGCAAGCCGCGGGUUUGACGCGCCGGCCGCCAGUGUCCACGUGACGCGCGGGCGUCAAGCAACGGUACUGUACACGGAGCCGCUGCUCGUGCAGCUGCCUGUACCCGACUUUAGCAUGCCGUACAACGUAAUCUGCCUCACGUCGACGGUCGUGAGCAUGGCCAUGGGCUCGUUCGUAAACACGCUGCUGCGGCACGAGCGCAAGCGCAGCAACCUCGGGAAGCUCGUCCACGGCCUCAAGCGUCUCGUCCAGCGUCUACUCCGGCGACGCACCAAGGAAAAGACCGACUAGGAGCCUCUCAGCAAACUAAAAGGCAUUCUAGUACGUGCAGUCCCUCGUCCCACCCCAACACACCCCAGCGCGCCACGGGUCGUGUGAAACAGUGUUUGGCGUCCCUGCCUAUACAGCGUUUAAUACAGUGUCUCCUGCGCUGACCCAGAG